AAGUAUUCUCUUAUGAACUAAAUAGAAAAGGCUUUUGUUUUUCGGAAUGAUUUUGAAAAACCAAAAUCAUUGCUUAGUUUGUCAUGCUCUUCUCUCUCUCUUUUUCCCCUUUUUACAAGAGUACUAGAGCUCUGUCUAUACUAACAGAUUCCUUCAUUUUGUGCUCAACAACUCUGUUUCCUCCCUCCACAUCAAACCAAACUAAAUAAAACAUAAAGUUUUGCUCUCUUUUUUUUUGAAGUUUCCGUUGUUUCUUCUGUAAACCAUGAAGGCUCCUUCAAAUGGGUUUCUUCCCAAUUCCAACGAAGGAGAGAAGAAGCCAAUCAAUUCUCAACUAUGGCACGCUUGUGCAGGGCCUUUGGUUUCAUUGCCUCCUGUCGGAAGUCUUGUGGUUUACUUCCCUCAAGGUCAUAGCGAGCAAGUUGCAGCAUCGAUGCAGAAGCAAACAGAUUUUAUACCAAAUUACCCGAAUCUUCCUUCUAAGCUGAUUUGCUUGCUUCACAGUGUUACAUUACAUGCUGAUACUGAAACCGAUGAAGUAUAUGCACAGAUGACUCUUCAACCUGUGAAUAAGUAUGACAGAGAAGCAUUGCUAGCUUCUGAUAUGGGUUUGAAGCUAAACAGACAACCUACUGAGUUUUUCUGCAAGACUCUUACAGCGAGUGACACAAGCACUCACGGUGGAUUCUCUGUACCGCGUCGUGCAGCUGAGAAAAUAUUCCCUCCUCUUGAUUUCUCGAUGCAACCACCUGCACAAGAGAUUGUAGCCAAAGAUCUACAUGAUACUACAUGGACAUUCAGACAUAUUUAUCGAGGCCAACCAAAAAGGCACUUGCUUACCACAGGUUGGAGCGUUUUUGUUAGCACAAAGAGACUAUUCGCGGGUGACUCAGUUUUGUUUGUAAGAGAUGAGAAAUCACAGCUGAUGUUGGGUAUAAGACGUGCAAAUAGGCAAACCCCGACUCUUUCCUCAUCGGUCAUAUCCAGUGACAGUAUGCACAUUGGGAUUCUUGCAGCUGCAGCUCAUGCUAAUGCCAACAGUAGCCCUUUUACCAUCUUCUUCAAUCCAAGGGCAAGUCCUUCAGAGUUUGUAGUUCCUUUAGCCAAAUACAACAAAGCUUUGUACGCUCAAGUAUCACUGGGGAUGCGAUUCCGGAUGAUGUUUGAGACUGAAGAUUGUGGGGUUCGCAGAUAUAUGGGUACAGUCACUGGUAUUAGUGAUCUUGACCCUGUAAGAUGGAAAGGCUCACAAUGGCGUAAUCUUCAGGUAGGAUGGGAUGAAUCAACAGCUGGAGAUAGGCCAAGCCGAGUAUCCAUAUGGGAAAUAGAACCUGUCAUAACUCCUUUUUACAUAUGCCCUCCUCCAUUUUUUAGACCUAAGUACCCGAGGCAACCGGGAAUGCCAGAUGAUGAGUUGGACAUGGAAAACGCUUUUAAAAGAGCAAUGCCUUGGAUGGGAGAAGAAUUUGGGAUGAAAGACGCACAGAGUUCGAUGUUUCCUGGUUUAAGUCUAGUUCAAUGGAUGAGUAUGCAGCAAAACAAUCCACUGUCAGGUUCUGCUACUCCUCAGCUCCCGUCCGCGCUCUCAUCUUAUAACCUACCAAACAAUUUUGCUUCCAACGACCCUUCCAAGCUGUUGAACUUCCAAUCCCCAAAUCUCUCUUCCGCAAAUUCCCAAUUCAACAAACUAAAUACGCUUAACCAUAUCAGUCAACAGAUGCAAGCACAACCAGCCAUGGUGAAAUCUCAACAACAACAACAACAACUACAGAUGUCACACCAACAGCUGCAGCAACAGGGGAUCUAUAACACAGGUUCCGAUGUGAGUGCUGUUGCUAACCAAGUCUCUUGUCAAAAUCCGCACCAAUCUACUACUCAGUCGCAGCUUCAGCAGCAGUCAAUGCUCCCUAAUGGUGUUAAAAUGACACACCAGAACAUACACUCAGGGAAUAAAGGCUCGUCUCAAAUGACAUCCUUUGCACAAGAAUUGCAGUUUCAGCAGCAACUGGAAUUGCACAACAGUAGCCAAUCCUUAAGAAACCAGCAAGAACAGUCCUCUCUGCAUUCACUACAACAAUCUCUGUCCCAAAAUCCACAGCAGCUCCAAAUGCAACAACAAUCGCCAAAACCAAGUCCUUCACAACAGCUUCAGUUGCAGCUACUCCAGAAGCUACAGCAGCAGCAACAGCAGCAGUCGAUUCCUCCAGUAACUUCAUCCUUACAGCCACAGUUCUCGGCGUUACAGCAGCCACAAAGCCAUCAAUUGCAACAACUUCUGUCAUCUCAGAACCAGCAGCCCUUGGCGCAUGGUAAUAACAGCUUCUCAGCUUCAACUUUCAUGCAGCCUCCACAGAUUCAGGUGAAUCAUCAGCAACAGGGACAAAUGAAUAAUAAACCUCUUGUAGCCGCCGGAAGAUCACAUUCUGGUCACACAGAUGGAGAAGCUCCUUCUUGUUCAACCUCGCCUUCCACCAAUAACACCGGGCAUGAUAAUGUUUCACCGACGAAUUUCCUCAGCAGAAAUCAACAAGGACAAGCGGUAUCUGUAUCUGCAUCUGAAUCUGUAUUUGAGCGUGCAAGUAAUCCUGUUCAAGAGCUUUAUGCAAAAACCGACAACCGGAUCAAUCAAGGCAUGGUGAAUUUGAAGAGUGCUGGUGAACAGUUCAAAUUUAAAGGCGCAGUAACAGAUCAAAUCGAUGUAUCCACAGCGGGAACAACGUAUUGUCCUGAUGUUGUUGGCUCUGCACAGCAGCAACAGACUUUCCCACUACCAUCAUUUGGUUUCGAUGGAGAUUGCCAAUCUCAUCAACCAAGAAACAACUUAGCUUUUGCUAGUAAUCUCGAAGCUGUAACUUCUGAUGCUCUGUAUUCUCAAAAGGACUUUCAGAACUUGGUUCCCAACUACGGCAACGCACCAAGAGACAUUGAGACAGAGCUAUCCAGUGCUGCAAUCAGUUCUCAGUCAUUUGGUAUUCCCAGCAUCCCCUUUAAGUCUGGAUGUUCAAAUGAGGUCGGUGGCAUCAAUGAUUCAGGCAUCAUGAAUGGUGGUGGACUCUGGCCGAAUCAAACACAACGAAUGCGAACAUAUACAAAGGUUCAAAAACGAGGGUCAGUAGGAAGAUCAAUAGAUGUUACCCGUUAUAGUGGCUAUGAUGAACUUAGGCAUGACUUAGCAAGAAUGUUUGGCAUCGAAGGGCAGCUCGAAGAUCCGCUAACCUCUGAUUGGAAACUCGUUUACACUGAUCAUGAAAACGAUAUAUUACUCGUUGGUGAUGAUCCUUGGGAGGAGUUUGUGAACUGCGUGCAAAACAUAAAGAUCCUAUCAUCAGCAGAAGUGCAGCAAAUGAGCUUAGACGGAGAUCUUGCAGCUAUCCCGGCCACGAACCAAGCCUGCAGCGAGACAGACAGCGGAAAUGCAUGGAAAGUACAUUAUGAAGACACUUCUGCUGCAGCUUCAUUUAACAGAUAGAAAAGAAAAGGAAAAAAAGAUGCAGAUAGACCAAAUCAACUUACAUCGAGAUCAUUCCUGGCCAUCGCAAAGUACAGCUGUUUUUUUAAUGUGUACUGCAAACAACAAACUGAGAAGAAGAAGAAGAAAAUACUGCAAGGUAUAUAUACAUUUUUAUAGGACAGUGAUUUGACUUUUCAUUCUAACUUGAUGUUGUUGUACUUUUCUUGUUUUCCCCAUAUUUAUAUAUAACCUGUGGAAUUGUCUUUAUAAAAACAAAAGAGAACAAGUCAACCACAAUACACAAUGUAAUGUGAAUGUAAUAUUGUAAUGUAACUAAACAAUCAUCUUCAAUUCAUCAAUGAUUAAUCUUUGUUAUUUU